UGGAGCCAGCAAUGUGACAAAGCUGCUCAAUGAAUUGCAGCCUCACCAAAGGGAAGACGCCGUCAACUCUCUCGCUUAUGAAGCGGACAUGCGCCUCCGCGACCCCGUCUAUGGUUGCGUUGGCGUCAUUUCGCUUCUUCAACAUCAGCUUCGACAGCUCCAACUUGACCUUAGCUGUGCCAAAUCCGAGCUUUCCAAAUACCAGAACUUAGGAGGAGGCAUUGCUAGUACGAACAGUUAUGGACUGUUGGCAGCUGGCAACCAGCAUAAUUUGGGGUUCAAUUUUAUGGGAGGAGGAGGGGGUGGGAGGCCAGACCAUAACCACCACCUCUAUCACCAUCAGUUUUUCCCUAGAGAUCAGCAACAACAGCAACAACAACAACAAAUUAUACGAAGAUUUGAAGGAGGAAGUAACAAUUUUUGAGUUUGACUUCUAUACACCAAGGAAUUAUUUGUUUGAAGGUAAAAUUAUGUUGAGAUUAUAUACACAGAUUGUAAUAUUGAGACUAAUAA